AAACCUUGGCGAUUGUUGCAACACUCUCAGUACGACUCUAGUCGCUUUGCCGCUUGGAUCAGGCGCGUCGUCGACGCCGUCCACGGAGAGGGCGAGAGAGGCAAACUCGAACACAGCUGACGGAGGGACUACCAGACAUGUGGACCGAGUGAAUGCAGUGUUGUGACGUAACAGUGAGCAACUUAUCAGACAACAAUAACCGUGGAGGUGGUAGCAGAAUAAACAAUGGAUACCAAAAGCACGAUCUCAUCACACGAGUGGCACAUACCGCGGCCAUCGCUAUCCGGCAGCACCACUAGUGGCAGCAUUAGUGACUCUCGCUCACGAGGAGGGUCUGCAUCCAGCCAAGGAUCUUCUAGCAACCAUAGCACGCAUAGCGUAUCCUCGGGCUCGUUUUUGCUGAACGCGGCUCAUUUAGCGCGCAUGCAUGGCAGAAAUUCGGCGCAAGAGGACUACGGUUACCAUUCCAAGUUGGGCAGCUACGGUCGGAAGACUGGUAUUUCCGAGGCUGUGGUCGCGAUACCCGAAGAGACUCGGGAUUCUGCUGACACUUUUUGGAAUGGUGUGAAACGAGGCUCCGCGACUGGCCAGGAUGCUGUCUCAGUGGCUAGCUCCACCCACUUCACGGUGGUGAACGGAUUCACGAAGCAACGACAAGGCAAAGAGCCGAAAUCAUGCUGCUGCGAUCAUUCCCAUCAAGUCACCGUACUCGUCAUAUCGAUGACUAUCUUAUUUUCGGCCUGCAUCUUAGCGGCUAUAUGUUUUGUCGAGAUGCGAAUGCGCAAGGAGACGGGAAUGUAUAAAUAUUCCUAAGCAGCAACGAAGACGCGCGAAAAGUAUUAGUUAAAUGAUUUAUAUUUAUUUUUAAAUAGUAUAAACUAGAAUUAUGUAAACAAAGUAAUUUUAAUUUAUUUUAUACAUAACUGUUUGUAAUAAAUACAUAGGCUUAGUUCAUGGCAUAGAAAAUUUGUAGUUUAAGGAUAAACAUAGAUAAAUAGAAUAACAAAAUUAGUGCAAUAACAUAAACAUUCCCAGAUGUCUAUUUUCUGAGUAAUUAUGUAUCAUAUCAAGUAAAAUGUUUAAGCGAUUGUAUUUAUUUUCUAUUAUUUUUGAAACAUAUUUUCUUUUUAUAUUGUUAUUGGAGUUGUACUGUACAUGUUACUUUUUGUAAUAAAUUACAUUGUUGCUUGUUUUUGUCCGACUGUAAAAAAGAGGGCGAUGUUUUUUAAGACAUUUAUUUGGUUAUGGCCUAUCCAUAAAUUAAAGGCCGAUUGAUCG